UGUGGUGAUUUCACUGGACCAUGAGUUGCCGGCUUGAAAAGCGUAUACGAGUAUGUGACCAUAGUGACUCUACGAAGAAGUCUUCAAACGACCUCUCUAUCUAAUUACUGACCCCUCUAUAAAGAACUCUUAUGAACUUAUAUACCCACCAAUGUUAGCCCCCAGUUUGAAACAUUGUUGCGACAACUCGUUGUAAUAUACAUUUUUGUAAAGGGGACACUGUGCAUCAAAACGUUUUUAGACAAAUCGAGCUCUUCUGUUGAAACAACUGUCAGACGUUGAAUACCAGGGAAAGCCAGUCAUAGAGACGAUGCCAAUUACAUUUGUCACCGGCAACUUGAACAAGCUGAGAGAGUUCCAAGCGAUUGUUGAGGAUUCAAGUAUCGUCCAUCAAAAGAUUGAUCUUGAAGAGAUUCAAGGGUCAAUUGCCGAGAUCUCUACAAAGAAGGCCAAGGCUGCUGCCAACGCCAUUGGUGGCCCAGUCCUCGUUGAAGAUACUUGUCUUGUGUUCAAUGCAUUGUCCAAACCAAACUUGGAGCUUCCAGGCCCGUAUAUUAAGUGGUUUUUGGAUUCUCUUGGUGUUGAAGGUUUGCCAAAGCUUCUAAGUGGGUUUGAAGACAAAUCUGCUCAGGCCGUCUGCACCUUUGCCUACUGCGAGGGCCCAGGCUGCGAAGUGAAGCUAUUCCAAGGUGUCAACGAUGGUAUCAUAGUUGAUGUACCACGUUAUAACGGUGACUCGCCAUUUGGAUGGGAUCCAAUCUUUCAGCCAAAUGGGUACAAGCAGACCUACGGUGAGAUGGACAAGUCCUUAAAGAACACCAUUUCGCAUCGUUACAAAGCACUUGUUUUGGUUAAAAAGUUCCUCCAUGACAAUUAAAUCCAUACACAUGUACGUCUUACAUAGGAAGCUCAUUAGAUGCACCAGCAGGGUUAUUGAUCUUCCAGGUAUCUAUCCAAGACACGAUUCUGUGAACGUUCUCAUCCAUAUCCUCUGUAGUAUUGGAUUGCAGCUCGAUGACGAUCUCUGGCGCAUAUGACUCUCUGGCCUCGUUAGCAAUGACCUCCAUGAUCUCACAG